GAAAACAACCACCAACCAGGAACAUGGAUGAAUUAUAUCAGAAACCGUUCAGUGAUCAAUAAUCUAUUUUAAUGAUCAGAAGUUCAAUCUCCGGGUUCCUGUUUGUCUGUGGUUCAGUCUGGCGGAAGAAUAGAUGGAUUCUGGGAAAGCAAGGCUGACGACACAAACGGCUGCUCCGUGACUCUAACCGCUAAAGCGGAUUCUGUUGUUUUCUACUGUCGGUUUUAUUGACCCCCUUCACCAUGAGCUCCAGGGUAUGCCGGACCUGUGGGGGGGCAGAUAUAGACGUGGAUCAGGCUCGGGGCAGUGCGGUGUGUACUGGAUGUGGUUCGGUUUUGGAGGACAACAUCAUCGUUUCUGAGGUUCAGUUUGUGGAGGGAAGUGGAGGAGUUUCAUCUGCUGUGGGACAGUUCGUCUCUGCUGAUGGCCCAGUUAAAGCUCCUCUACUUGGUUCUGGUUUCCACACUAGUGUUGGUAAAGAGUCCAGAGCCCAGACCCUGCAAAGUGGUAAGCGUCAGAUACAGCAGCUGGGCAGUCAGCUACAGCUGAACCAGCACUGUUUGGACACAGCCUUUAACUUCUUCAAGAUGGUUGUCAGUAAACAUUUGACCCGAGGACGUAAGACGGAGCACGUCAUCGCCGCCUGUCUCUACCUGGUGUGCCGCACUGAGGGGACGCCGCACAUGCUGCUGGACCUGAGUGACCUGCUGCAGGUUAACGUUUACAUCCUGGGAAAGACGUUCCUGCUGUUGGCUCGUGAGCUCUGCAUCAACGCUCCUGCCAUCGGAAGCUCAAAAAUCAAAUGAUCUCUUUGGGCUCAGACCAUCACUGACCAGGGAGAAGUGAAA